CUUGUGUGCCGGUAGCGGUGGUCCUGUUCCUGCUGUCUUCAAUUCCUUCUUGCUGACUGAAACUUAGCCAGUAGAUCUCCAUAGCACUAUUCCCGGGACUUAAGUUGGAGAAUAUGAGUGGGCAUGUAAGAACAGAAUCCAAAUCUGCAGGAAGAAGAGAUGAUGGAGAGUCCUUCCAGCCAGUUGGACGUCUGGUUGCUCAACAGCCCAGUGAUAAACAACCUCAACUAGAAAAACCACCAACCGAGAGUCAGGAUAUUAUACCUGCUCAGGACAUUGGAGAUGAAGAAGCACCUGUAGCUCAAGGGCUUGUUAUGAAAGCUGAACAGGAACUGUCUCUGCUGAAGAUUGUGGAUGAGCCUGGGGAUGGUCCUGAUAUCAAGGAGGAGAGUCUCCCAAGUCUAGAGCCCAUUAAAAUGCCAGAAGCAGGUGAAGGACAACCACAGAUUUAAAUAAAGACAGGCAUGCUAUCCUUAUGUUGGGAAUUUGACUGUUAAACAUUGCUCAAUAAAGUUUUACAACUUUUCUUCAAAGAA